AUGCACUUUUUCGAUAUCAUCCGAGAUGAGGUGUGUGCUGCAGGUCUAGACGGGAUACCCAUCUCCCAUUUGUGGAUGGUUUUAGCGGAGCCCGAAGUCAAUUUUCCCUUUCCUCUCGACGAUAAUGUUAAAGAAUUUCUCUGGUCUAAAAUACGAACUUUCAACGGAUUUACGUUCUACGUCCUCCCAGUUGACCCCUCUCCAUAUAUAAGGUUUACGAGGGAUGAAGCCCUUGUUCAGCAAGAUAUGGAUGUGUACUACCGUCCAAAUGUCUCCUCCGCACCAAAAAAACUGUACCCAGUUAACGCUCCUGGAGUCCUAGGGUCUUGCGAACACUUCAAAUCGCGCAAAAACGUUAGUAAAGAACUUGAAUCCCCCUGUUCAUACGAAGUCGUUAAGGAGAGAUUCGGAGAUCGUUUAACGGUUGUAGCCUCUCAGAAACUACGGAUUCUUUUUUUGACGGGAUGCGAUACACUCCCUCCCAAUCUAAAUCCAAAGCUUUACCGACUGUUGGAGGCUAUAGCUAAGUACAAUGGCGUACCUAUUUCCGGAACCGAGGGCCUUCUCAAUAUGGGCGAGUCAUCGUCGACAAUUUUCUACUUCCGCAAAGUCCUUAGGUCUAAAAAAAUAGUCAUGUCGCAAAGAUUCCACAUUGGUAGACGCUCGUAUGCCCGGCUUAUCAAGUUUGGAGAGGAAGAAGGUUGCCUCAAGGUUCUAUCUGUCCCCUUCAAUACCGCUUGCGGUCUCAUUUGUGGCACAGAGGAGGAAUCUGAAGUCACUGCCGAUCUUCUCCUAAAAGAGGAGGCGGCUAUGACUGCCGCCUCUAAUGGAGGAGAUUAUACCGAUUCCCGUCUUUUCGAUAACCAUGGUCGCCGUUACGUGCGCGAAGCAACUAUAGUUCACCUGCAGCGUCCGUUUAAUAUGGAAACUUGGAUGCAACAUAACAAAGAGACUGCACGAGUGGACUACGAAUCGGGUGACGAGGAAGACUUAAAUUGUUCUUUAUACGACGGCGACACUAUCGAUGGCGAUCGUUCUCAAGCGGAUGUGGGAGAUGAGUUUGUUGCUAACGUGGUGAACAGUCCAUUUUGUAAGUUUUGUUUCUCUCCUAUCUGCUCUUUCAUUGUGCCAAUUGAAAGCAUGCUACUAACGCGUAUUUUUGCAAUCCCACCAAAUCACCCCAAAAACAAUGAAGCAGGUCAUAACGCUUAG